AUGGCCUCCCAAGAAGUUGGUAAUGCAGAACCUGGGAAAGCCUCAGCAGGUUGUCCCCCAGCAAGCCAGGCGGAAUCAGAGUUGAUCUACCAGCCCACUGAUGAAUUGCAAAAUCACCAGGAGAAACUACAAGCCCUUGGGUUCAUUGUUUCAGGAUCCUUAUCUGUUGCAGCUGGGAGAAAACCCACAAGAGUGUUGGUGCAAAUCACUUUUGGAAUGAGUAUUGCCAGCACUGCUCUGGAUCUAGUUGGGUUUGUUUUCCUCUCAGCAAAUUUGGCAGUUAAUAAGCAGUCUUUCAAGAGUUGUGAGUCUUCACAGUCACAGGACUUAGGCAUUUUCGUGGGCAUCUUUUCAAACGGCCUGAUGUCCCUAAUGCUGAUCCUUACCUUGCUGGAAUUAUGCAUAAGCAUCUCUGUCUCAGCCAUGUGA